AUGGAGAAGGAAUACAACAAUGACGACGCGCAGCUGGCCCAAAUGGGCCAUAAGUCUGAGCUGAAGCGUAGCUACUCAUUGAUAUCCAUGCUCGGUCUUGCUUUUGCUAUUCUCAAUUCAUGGACCGCAUUAUCAGCCAGUCUGUCCCUCAGUCUGACCUCCGGAGGUAGCGCGAGUGUUGUUUGGGGCUUGGUUACAGCGGGUAUCUGUAACCUGUGUAUGGCCGCUUCCCUGGCCGAGUUCCUUUCCGCUUACCCUACUGCCGGGGGCCAAUACCACUGGGUUGCUGUCACCUCCUGGAGAAGCUGGAUGCCAAUCCUGUCCUGGAUCACUGGCUGGGUCAAUUGCUCUGGAUGGGUUGCGCUGGUCGCGACCGGUGGUCUGCUGGGCAGUCAGCUUAUCCUCGGUGUUAUCUCUCUGAUGAACCCGACCUACAGCCCUGAGCGCUGGCACCAGUUCUUGAUUUACCUUGGCUACAACAUUGUGGCUUUCCUUAUUAACGCUUUCAUGAACAAUGUCCUGCCUUACAUUACCAAGGGUGCCUUCAUCUGGUCCUUGACUGGUUUCGCUGUCAUUUGCAUCACUGUGCUUUCAUGCGCCUCGCCGAACUAUAACUCUGGAAAGUUCGUCUUUACUGACUUUAUCAAUGAAACUGGAUGGCCUGACGGUGUUGCCUGGUUGCUCGGGCUCUUGCAAGGAGGUCUCGGUGUUACUGGAUUUGACGGUGUUGCCCACAUGAUUGAAGAAAUCCCCAACCCAUCUAUUGAGGGACCUAAGAUUAUGAUUGCCUGUGUUGGCAUCGGUACUGUCACUGGUACAAUCUUCCUUGUUGUCCUGCUCUUCGUGGCUGGUGAUAUCAAAGAAGUUAUCUCAUCUGCUGCGACUCCCCUCCUCCAGAUCUUGAAGAAUGCUACUUCUAGCAACGCUGGCGCCAUCUGCCUGUUGAUCUUCCCUCUCGUCUGCGUCCUGUUCGCCGCCACGGCUAUCAUGACCACCAGCAGCCGCAUGGUCUACGCAUUCGCACGUGACGGCGGUCUCCCUGCAUCCCCAUUCUUCUCCCGCGUCCACCCCAAGCUCAAGGUCCCUUUGAACUCGCUCUACCUUAACCUGGCCCUUGUGACUAUAUUCGGUCUCAUCUUCCUGGGCUCCUCAAGCGCUUUCAACGCUAUUGUCUCAGCAUCAGUGGUGCUUCUCGACCUCUCAUAUGGAAUGCCGAUUGUAGUCAACUGCCUUCGUGGGCGGAGAAUGCUCCCGGAGCGCUCCUUUGUUCUGCCCAACAUUGUUGGCUGGACUUUGAACCUUGUCUCAUUGGCUUACAUUGCCCUCACUACUAUUCUCUUCCUCUUCCCCCCUGAACUGCCCGCCACUGGUAGCAGCAUGAACUACUGUGUUGCUGCUUUCGGUAUCGUUUUUAUCAUUUCUACUAUCCAGUGGUUUGUGGACGGACGCAAGAACUUCGUCGGUCCUCGCUUUGAAGUUGAAGUUCUGGCUGGAGAGGUUGAUCCCCAGUCAGAGCAGCCGAUUCCAGUUAUUGAGCCUCGCAAGGAUUAG